AUUCCAAUAUUUACGAGCAACAUCACUUUUAUAAAACUAUCAUCUUCAAUUUAAAUCAUGUCACAACCUUACCCAACAUUCGGCUCAAGCACAGCUGGGUUCCGUGGAGGACCAACUCCAGCUCCUAUCACUUAUCUUUGCUCGGAUUGUGGACGUGAUAAUAUCAUCAAACCUCGUGAACCAAUCAGGUGUCAGGAAUGUGGUUGUAGAGUGAUGUACAAGAAAAGGAUCAAAAGAAUGGUUCAAUUCGAAGCUCGUUGAUUCUGCAGGCAUCCUACUACAUACGGAUGUCUCCCUUAUUCGUCUAAUCACCUUAUCAAUUCGAAAUUGUCACUUUCAUCAAGCCUGUCAAACCACUUUACCUUUCAUCCAACUUUGACUAUCUUGGAUGAUGAAGCCGAUGUACAAUCAAGCGCAUAUACAAAAAAUGAAAUGAAACCUCCAUCAGAUGACCCGG